CUAUUUAAAGCGCAUAUUUCAGCGAGAAAUUUAUCACUUGUAUUUGAAAAGCAACACAAUGAAAUCCUAUGGUCUAUAUCAACUGCUCUUUGCUGUAUUCAUUUGCAGUGCUAUAACACAGCUCCACGCAGCCGAUGAUAAAGCUGCUCGUGAAGCAUGUAUCGCGGAGGCCAAGCUAACGGCCACCGAUGCCAAUCAAGUUAGAGUCGCUGCUGUCAUUAGUAAACUUAUUCAAAACGAUUCCGAGGCGCUGAAAUGUUUCCAGCUUUGCUACUACAAACAACUUGGUCUCAUCGACGCUGCUGGCAAAACGAAUGCGGCUAAAACACUCGAAUACAUGUCGCAGGUUAGCGGCAUUACGGAUACAUCUAAGUUAGCUGCUGCACUGGGUACAUGCGAGUCGGUCAAAGGCAGUAGCGGAUGUGACAGGCUAUAUCAAUUUGAAAAGUGCGCUUUGGCCAAAUUGGGUGUUUGAAGUUAUUAUUGAUAAAGCAGCAAGCAUUGUUUCAAAAAUGUAUUAUGAAGUGAAAUGAUUUCGUGAAAACUGUUUCAGUAGCUAAAUAAAUCCUAGAAUUAUGACCAACAAUUGAGAGUUUG